AUGAGGCCUUGAUCAAGGAGAAGGUACUAGAACCUCUGGGAGCGAGGGGGAUGGGAGGGGAGAAUCUCCCUGAGCUGGAAUGGCUGCUCCAUAAAACAAAAUGGUACGCGUCAUUCCUAGCUCCUUCUCCUCAGCCCUGUCUUCCUGCCCAGGUUGCUAGCGUCCCCCCUGGGGGACCAAACUGGACUGAGCACCCCAUGACCUGCUUCCCAGCCUCUGACGAGGCAAUCUGAGUCAGGCAAGAGUGGGGCAGUCAAAGAGCUGUGCCCCAUGCCCCCGCCCUCUGUGAGCCCUGCUGAUACAUGACGGCAGGCAGCCUGCAAGGACGGGUGACCUGAUGUGGAGAACCAGCGAGUAAGGUCUCAGACAAGUGUCAACAGGCCACCGACUUGAAAGGGAAAAUUGUGCUGUAAUGGGGAAGGUGUCCAACAAACCUGUGGGGUGACUAAUUACAAAGACUAGACCGGAGCUUCAGAGGCCACUCGCUAAACACUUCAUUAAGUGGCACCCUGAAAUGCCACCUGCGCAUUCUGGGAGUUCAGAGGGGACCCUGAAGGAGAACAGUACCAAGGGAUGGAACAGUCUUUGGGCCGACUCGGGCAGAAGUCUGGCUCUCAAUUCCAGAUAAUGGCUCCCAGGCCAGAGGCCUCAAUGCGGGGAAAGUCUGAAGAAACAGCUUGUGACUUUAAGCAGUUUCUCCCCUUGAGAGUUGAUGCUUCCGCCUGCAGUCCCACAGAGUCAUCAAGGGGAUUAUAUCAGACCAUGGGUGCUAAAGGGUUGGGAAACCGUACAGCCCUGCCUACACGUGAAUUCUCACCUGACCCAUCCCAGCCCUCUGCGCCAGCUCACGAGGCUCUGCCGAGGCUAACGUACCCCAGUGACUGAAGUCAUCCUUGCCCUUGGAAGGACACCCAAGAACACCCUACCCUGAAAGACAAUCUCAGUUGGUAAUCCAGAACGCUCCUGCAAUGCAGCUCUGAACAGCAGGGGGCAGUCUGGAGCCUGAAAGAUGCCUGUUCAGGUGGGACCCACAGCCAGGUUUCUCCCGCUGACUGUCCCGAUGACUCACCCCGCACAUCCCAGCCCUUUUACCUUUAAGGAAGAGCCGGAAAGGGUGUGGGGAGAAGAGGAGGAGGCAGGGCCCAAGGCCCAGGCCCGCCCAGGCCCCUCCCAACCCUUCUCCAGGUCUUGUCACCCCAGCCAAAAGGCAGACCGAGAGCAAGAGCAGCACAGAAUCCAGCAUUGGUCUCACGGCAGCCAGUUCGCCCGCCUGUCUGUCCUCGGAGUCAUGGAGAGAGCCAGUCUGAUCCAGAAGGCCAAGUUGGCCGAGCAGGCCGAACGCUAUGAGGACAUGGCAGCCUUCAUGAAGGGUGCCGUGGAGAAGGGUGAGGAACUCUCCUGCGAGGAGCGGAAUCUGCUCUCCGUGGCCUACAAGAAUGUGGUGGGCGGCCAGAGAGCGGCCUGGAGAGUCCUGUCCAGCAUCGAGCAGAAGAGCAACGAGGAGGGGUCAGAGGAGAAGGGCCCCGAGGUGAAAGAGUACCGGGAGAAGGUAGAGACGGAGCUCCGAGGUGUGUGCGACACCGUGCUGGGCCUGCUGGACUCCCACCUCAUCAAAGAGGCCGGAGAGGCAGAAAGCCGGGUCUUCUACCUGAAGAUGAAGGGUGACUACUACCGCUAUCUGGCCGAGGUGGCCACUGGCGAUGACAAGAAGCGCAUCAUCGAUUCUGCCCGCUCAGCCUACCAAGAGGCCAUGGACAUCAGCAAGAAGGAGAUGCCGCCCACCAACCCCAUACGCCUGGGCCUGGCCCUGAACUUUUCUGUCUUCCACUAUGAGAUAGCCAACAGCCCCGAGGAGGCCAUCUCACUGGCCAAGACCACCUUCGACGAGGCCAUGGCCGAUCUGCACACCCUCAAUGAGGACUCCUACAAGGACAGCACCCUCAUUAUGCAGUUGCUGAGAGACAACCUGACGCUGUGGACAGCCGACAAUGCUGGGGAAGAGGGUGGAGAAGCUCCGGAGGAGCCCCAGAGCUGAAGCCGUCUGCUCCCUCCCUGCCCUGCCUUGCCUUCCAGUCCCCAGUCAGCAGAGAGGACUAAUACGGAGUGGGACCCGGCCCUUCCCACCCGCCGAAUGUUCUGCCACACCCUAAAAGCCUCCUUGAAAGGGGUGCAGCCAGGCUGAGGCCACCAGGGGCUGGGGAUCCCACUCUUCAUGCAGCUAUCUGGUGGGGGUUCCUAGCCCUGCCCACCCCUGCUCUCUGCACCCCGACUUCCUUACACCACUCCUGAACCUGCCCCCAGCCCCCUCCGUGCCUCCCUCUCCUACCUGUUGCUUCUAGAUCCUAGGAAUCGAGGAGGCUCCCACCCCUGUGGCUGGGACCUGGACUGAGGCAAGGGCUAUCUAUGUGUGUGUGUGCGACUGUGUGUGUGAGAGAAUGAGAAGGAACACAUGUUUGCUGGGUGUGACCAUGUUUCCUCUCAAUAAAAUUGCCCUGUGACA